UAAAUAUUGAACGAUUCUUACUUUCUAAAUGUCAGGAUCAGAUAAGGCUACUAAAGGAUUUAUAAAACAGGAGUAUGAAGAGAAGAAAUUGAGCAUCCUAGAAGGCCUAGAUAGAGCCAUCAGCCACGCAAAGACUAAAUAGCAUGAUUAUUCAGGAAGAAGAACCUCAGAACAAAAAGAAAAGUGUCAGAAGUACGUACUAGGUUUCGCCGAGUCAAGGAGUUCCCAAAAAGUCCUUUUAAAAUCAAAAUUUUGAUGAAUGCCUCUCACCACUCUCAUAUAGAGAUGUUCUCAGUUAAGCUAAAAAUGACAGAUUUCAGGAAAGAAUUUGCACUGUCGCCUGAAAUCAAGAAGAAAUCUCAGAGGAAGUCUUCACCUGAAAAUGAUGAUGAAGAGUUCGAUUUCAAUGACAUAACUUCACGGCAAAAGUCACAGAGCAUGAAGUUCAAAGAGGUUGUUCCAAAGAUGAAAAAGACAACUCGUGCUAACCGGUUCCAAAAUUUUGAACUUUCAAAAAUCGAGGAAUCUGAAUGUGAGACUUAUGGGCAAGAAAGCAGUGAAUAUUUCAAAAUCACCGAGAGUAGCAUUGGGCUUGACACAGAAGCUGAAUUCAAGGGCAAGGCAAGACCUUCAAUUGAGACUCAAGACUCCCAGCAAUCUGAAGAGAAUGAACAGUCGGGUUCAAGUAGUAAACCUCCAAUUCAGAAUGAAACUUUGCAAAAAGUUUUCAAUGAUUUAACCCAUUCGAAUGGAAUAGAAAAAUCCUCCUCUAUAAGAAGAAGCAAAGUUGGUGAAAUGCAGCAAAAAGUGCCAGCAGAGUCAUAUAAAAAGGAGUACUUGAAGAAAUAUAGACCAAAGAUUACUCUUCGAACCUCUCACGUUUGGCUGCAUCAUGUCAAGGGUGAUGGAAAAAUUCGAAGCAUGCUAAAGAAUUUCUCAUCCAAUCGGAAAAUGUCGACUGAUGCCCAAAAGUCUAGGAAGCAUCCUGCAACAGAGAUGCCUCAAAUGCAAUACAAAAAUGAUUUGUGACACCUUCUUUACAUUUGUGAGCAGUUUCGAGAGAAGAAAUUAAACGAAAUUUCGGGUAAUGAAUUUGUCCAGUAUCUCUCAGUACCAGGGAUCAAGAAAAUUCAAAGGCUUCUCAAGGAGAUCAAGCAACAGAUCAUUCACGUCCGAAGGGCAAGGAUGCAAACAGAUAUGACUCUUGAAGACCAGCAGUCGCUGAUCUCCAAAAUAAAUGUGCUAGCUCUUGACUUAAAAGCAGCCAUUGAUAAAUAAAAUUUGUCAGUUAAAGUUUGUUUUGAAGAAAAAUGAUGCAGAGAAAGAGUCUUCAAUUCCUAGAAUCGAGCCAAAUAGGAGCAUAAUUCAUACAAUCCAGAAGACAACAUUAGGGCAUUUUAGUAUUAACAGGAAGAACAAAGUCAUCAAGAGUUUGAAGAAGCAUCUACCCGAGAAUGUUUCAUCGAGGAACCAAUCCGACCCUCAAACAAUAGGAGAUCGUCGAGCCUCGGCUACUACUCGUUUUAGGAGUCUCAAAUUUCCUAAUGUUCGGUACUCAAAAUCUAGGCGGAGAAAGCCAAGACUGGGACUCAGACGGAACUUAGAUGGACUCCGGAGGUCUAUUGAGCCUUGCAUGAAUCAAAAAUUAUUACAUUAA